AUGCCAAUGCCUUCAGUUGCUCCAUUCCAGUUUAAAGGAAAUUCUAAUUAUCGUGGCUCGCGUCCUAAUCCACGACAUGAGUUCACUUUCCGGUACCAGAAGCCCGCCACGUCGGACCGACCAUUGUUGUCUUCGAAGAGGGAAAGCACACCGGAACGGCUUGAGGGCGAGAAUAAGCCUGAACUCAAAUUUGCCGAACUUUCUACUUUGAGCGACAGCGAAGAGGCAGAAAUGGACAUGUCUGAUGACGAUGCCGAGCGACCACGCAAGAGACGUGCGCUAGGUGUCGAUGGGUCCCAAGAUACCGUUCCGGCACCUGCUGCCCCCAAAUGGUCGAACCCCGAUCCCUACACUGUGCUACCUCCUCCGGCCGAAACUACAAACAAGAGGGUGGAUGUUGUCAAGCUGAUUCGCAAGGCGAGACUUGAAGUUGUCGCAAAGACGGACGAGACGGAUGCAGUCAAGCAGAACUCAGACUUCAUUUCUCUCGGCAUGGAUUUCGAACCAGAAGUUUCUCAGAGCAACGCUCCUGAAAACGCCCCCAGAGGGCCAAAGGCUCAGGAAGGUCUAGAUCCCGCCAUUACGAGUCGGAAGCGAACCCGUGACGAUGAGCUCAAAGGAUUUUCCCGAAAGACUGGAAAGCCUGCCAGCAGGUUCAACUACGAUGGUUCCGUUAUUGAUCAAUGGAAACCACUUUCCCAAGAGACAGGCACGCCUUGGUUCGAGGGCACCCCAGCAUCCUUGCACGUGGGAACCCAGCUGCAUAAUGAGAUUCUCAGCUUCUAUCACUGGGCCAAGCCACAGGAAUUCGAACACAUCGUCCGUGCAGAUCUUGUCAAUCGAUUGGAGACUGCAUUCCAACAACGAUACCACAACGUUUCAAUCCGGGCCUUUGGCUCUUUUGCCUCGGGUCUCUAUCUCCCCACGGCUGAUAUCGAUCUGGUGCUGCUUUCUCACACGUUCUUACGCACGGGGGUUCGCACAUUCGGGGAGAGGAAGGGUCAAAUUUACGCGUUUUCGGCUUUCCUCAAGAGUACAAAUCUGGCCGUUCCUAACUCGAUCGAAUGCAUUGCGUCCGCCCGGGUACCGAUUCUCAAGUACGUGGACAAGCUGACCGGAUUACGAGUGGAUUUGUCUUUCGACAAUGACAGUGGCUUGAUUGCCAACGAGACAUUCCAGAAAUGGAAAACCCAAUAUCCUAUGAUGCCAGUUCUCCUGGCCGUGAUUAAGCAGUUCUUGUUGAUCCGCGGCCUCAAUGAAGUCCCGACCGGUGGAAUAGGAGGUUUCGCUAUCACUUGCUUGGUGACGAAUAUUCUCCAGCAUCUGCCCCAGGGCCAUAUGCAGCCUAACCUAGGAACCAUCUUGCUUGAUUUCUUGAAUUUCUACGGGAAGCAAUUCUCUUAUACCACGAUAGCAGUCCGGAUGGACCCUCCAGGCUAUUUCACCAAGCAAUACUUCGGCCACCCCGAUCGUCUCACAAUCGAAGACCCCAACAACCGAGAUAACGACAUCUCAGGUGGCACGAAGGAAAUUGGGUUGAUCUUGCGAGCAUUUUCUAAUGCCCAUACUGCCCUGAAGAAUCGCAUGGAAUAUCUAGCACUUGUCCAAGGAUCGAACAAGAGCAUUCUUGAACCCAUCAUUGCGGCGAACUUUGAUGAAUAUGUCGAGCAACGCUUCCAACUCCGUCAGGUGUUCAUGGCAGAGGAUAGGUUUGCUCGAUACAGGAAGUCUUCGCCUCCGCCUCCGCCGCCGGGAUCCCCUCCUGCUAAUGGAGCAUCCCCUCCUCCCCCUCCUACCGACGGAGCCCCCUCUUCUUUGCCGGCGCCCCAAGCUCGCAAACCUGCUAAAAGGCUCAAGGCAAAGUUGAAGGGCACAAAAUCGGAGCCAGAAGAUAUUUCUUCGGAUGACGCACCCGGGCCCGAAGCAAAGUCUGCCAAAGCUCGGAAGGGUGAGACAAGACGUCAGUUGUGUCAGGAGCGUGCGGCCAGACUCAAACGCCUGAGGCCCGACCUCAAGAAACUUCCCAAUACCCUCAGCCUCCGCCAAGCUCGCCGCCAUGCAGGCUACGAGACCGAUGAGCAGAUGAAUGCGGACUUGGAUCGCAGAGAGCAGAAACUUCUCGUCUCGGCAUAA